AUGAGUAAUCCCUUUCUUUCUAAAGAAUACAGUGUUUCUGAAAAAAGGCCUAAUGUGUCCAAUAAAAUAGAAAACGAGCACAAUUGCAAUUUGUCAAAAAAUAACAAUUAUAGUGAGAAAUGUUUUGAAAACAAAAAUAUUUUUAAUAAAGACGUUGUUAAUUCACUAUGGAAUAACGUAAAUACAAAUUUUCCUAACUAUGGCAGCCAUCUAAUUCCUGAUAAAAUAAACAUAAAUUAUUCUUAUGUAGAAAAUAAUGAUAAUUCUAAAAGAAAAAAUAAAUAUGGGACUUUGAAAUUAAAAUCUUAUAACAAGGAAAAACUGUAUUUUGUAAAAAAUGAUCGUGAAAAAGAAUCCAAUGAAAAAAGUAUAUUAAAAAAUGUUACUUUUGAUACGUCUAAUUUUGCAAGAAAUAGUAAAAAAUGUGAAUUUAAUAAAAAUAAUUGUAAUUUAAAAAAAGGUUUAAAAAAAAAUAACAUAAAUGAAAAGUAUAACAAAAUAAAAAAGGAAUUAUCAAAUUCUGGAGAAAUAUAUAUUAAAAAUUCAAAUAAAAAUUAUUCAUGUAAUUGCAUAAAUUUUUAUAAAGAGAUAUACAAUCAAAAAAGAGAUAUUACAGAUAUGAAACAAGUACAUAGUGAUUUCAUUUAUUUAAUAAUAAAAUAUUUAUAUUAUGAAAGAAUCUUACCAGAAGCGAACGAAAUUAAAAGAAAAAUAAAUAAAUAUUUUCCUGAAUGUGCAAUUUUAAAUAAUAAUUUUAUAAAUAUCUGUAGAGAAGAUAAAUUACGAAGAUUUGAAAUUUAUAAAGCUAAUUGUUAUGAAAAAGAUGAAAAAAAAGGAAAAAUAUAUUAUAAGAAAUCUUUUAAUAAUGAAAAUAUAUGUAUAUACUUAAGAGGUAUUUCUAGAGAUUUUUUUAUUAAUCCUAAUGAUGACAAUGAAAAUAUUUCUGUAUAUAUUCCAUUAAUUUUUAUUCAUAUAAUUGACAGGUUUAGACUCCAAUCUUCUGAUAAUAAUCACAAAGGAGGUAGGUACAUAUUAGCUGAGACAUUAAAGCACACAGGACCGUAUAUAUUUAGGACUAUGAAAUUGGGAAGAAUAAUUCAUAUUUUACAAAAAUGUAUUGAUUUAAAUAUUUUAUCAUAUUUUAAUAAUAACAUCAUACCAAUAUUUACUUCUAUGUCAAUUUCAAAAACAUAUAUUUCAAAAUUACACGUAAAUCAAACUCCUGCAUUAAAAAAUCACAAAGAAAAUUCUAUAAAUUUAAUAAAAAAUAGAAUAAGCUAUUUAUUAUAUAGCUAUUCAGAAGACAAGACAAAAUCAAAAGGAUUUUCUUUAAGCAGACUUCCUUUAAUUUAUAAAAAUGUAUAUAAAGAAAAUAUAAAUAUAGAUCAAAUAGGAUACUCAAAAUUAACAGAAUUUAUAAACAAUGAGAUGAGCGAUAUUUGUUUUAUUUCGACACAACACAAAUUUCAAUGUAUAUUAUUACCAGUAGUGGAAGAUGAACAAAAGCAUAGAGAUAAGAAUGCAAAACUAAAAAAAGAAAUAGAGUUAAAAAAGUCUUUAGAUUAUAUAAAAAAUUAUCGAUGGGAAAGAUGCAUUUCGUUUUUAUAUUUUUCUAAUUGUCUAAAAAAAAAAGAUCCAGAAUUUGAAUUAGAAUAUAAAAAUUGCAAUAAUAUUAUAGAGGAAUUAGCCAAUGAUACAUUUUUUCUUGAAAAUAAAAAAAACAUAGGCAUUAAAGAAGAUAAUCUUGAAAUACCACUGUUAUUACCACUUGAUGUUUUUAAUCUACCUUCAGCUUAUGAUAUGUAUGAAUCAUAUUAUAAUUCGUAUACUUAUUAUAAUAAGGAUGAAAAGGAAGAUAAAGCUAUUAUAAAUUUUAUAGACACUACACAAAAUAAGUUUGAUAUUAUAUGUGAUUUUAAAAAGUGCGAAAAUAGUAACAUAUCUAUUGAAGAAUCCAUUAAUUUGAAUCAUAUGUAUUUUAACUUUCCUUCUUCAUAUUAUGUUUUUCAUUCUUUAUUUAAUGAUUACCUAGAAGAAAUUCCUAUUGUUGAUCAAUUUAGAAUACAAAUAUAA